CACUUUCAAACCUCCUCUCAAAUCUCGACAUGGCGCAACAAAUUAAAGCCCAGGACCUGUUCGAGGACAUGGGGCGAAAGGUUGCAGAAGCGAGCGCACGGGAAGGAGGUGAAGAUGGCACAAAAGUUGUUGACGAGAUAGAAAGCUUGUGCAUGAACUGCCACGAAGACGGCACGACUCGGCUACUGUUAACAAAGAUCCCAUACUUCCGCGAAAUUGUUAUUAUGUCCUUCGACUGCCCUCACUGCCACUUCAAGAACUCCGAGAUCCAGCCGGCCGGAGAGAUACAACAGCGGGGAGUCAAGUUCUCAUUAAGAAUAGAUUUCGACGAAGACUUGAGCCAACAAAUUAUCAAGAGCGACACCGCGGUUUUCCGGAUAGAGGACAUAGACCUUGAAAUCCCACCUGGCAGAGGGCAGCUGACGAACGUGGAGGGUAUACUAGCUAUGGUAGCUGGGGACCUGGAACAGAAGCAGGACGAGAGGAAAGAGCUUGUGCCGGAGAUUUACGAAAAGAUUGAGGAGAUAAUACAGACUGUGAAGCAAAUGUCAAGCGGAGCUAGGCUGCCGUUCACUAUCACAAUCGAUGACCCCACUGGAAACUCCUCUGUUGAGCCGCCCACACAACUUACGUCAGGAAAGUACUCUCGACAUGAAUACCCUCGUACCGCGGCACAAAAUGAAGCAUUAGGGUUGGGAGACACUUCAGGAGAAGCACCACCAAUAGACAUGCGCCCGGAGUAUCACACUACACAAAUGUAUCCUGAGAUGCCGACGCAGCCAAUGGUAAACAAUGUGGACGACGAAAUUGUGGAGAACCAGGUCUACUCUUUUCCUGCAAGUUGUCCGGGAUGUACGAAAUCAUGCACGACAAAUAUGAAGAUGGUGAACAUUCCCCACUUCAAGCAGGUAAUCCUGAUGAGCACUGUUUGCGACCACUGUGGCUAUAGGAGUAACGAAGUCAAGACGGGUGGUGAAGUACCAGAAAAGGGUCGCCGAAUAACACUUUCCGUUAAUACGAAGGAAGACCUCUCGAGGGAUAUUCUGAAAGCCGAAUCGUGCGCAAUGUCAUGUCCAGAACUCAAUCUCAGCGUCGAGCCAGGAACACUUGGAGGCCGAUUUACCACCAUUGAGGGAAUCCUGACCCAGGUUCGGGACGACCUCCGCUCUUCCAUUUUCGACACUGGCGAUGGGGGAGACUCAAUGGACACUACAACGAAAGAAAAAUGGGACUCAUUCUUCGACAAGCUGUCAGCAGCGAUCAGGGGCGAAGUGAAGUUUACCAUGAUUCUUGAGGAUCCAUUAGCCAGCAGCUAUGUUCAGAGCUUGACGGCCCCAGAGCCCGAUUCUCAGAUGAAGGUGGAGGGGUACGAGCGGACAGAUGAGGAAGAGGAACACCUCGGCUUGAAGGACAUUAAGACAGAAGGAUACGAAAAGGGGGAGGCAGUGACGAAUGGUGGAACAACGAAUGGCACGUGACGCACAUUAAAAAUUUGACAUGUUGAUUGCAUUUCGGUUUGGGGAAGGGGGC